AUGGCUCUGCUCUGCGCACUCACAGCGGCCUCUCUGGUGGUGACUCCGCCCAUGUCUCAGUUCCACACCAUGGAGAGGUUCCAGAUCACUUGUCCCUCUGCGUCCUGGACCUUCCACCGCAUCACGGACUACACACCUACCCCAGAGUCGUGCAGAGCGCCCUGGGGUACUCCACGGGGAGCAAGCUGCAUAGUAAAGACCGCAAUGGUCUCCAGCUCAGGCCAGUACUGGUGCCAAGACCCAGAGUCUCAGUGCACAGAGAGGGUCAACAUCACCGUGAGCUACAGCAAGGUGAUCCUCCGGACCCCAGUGUUCGCGGUGAACGAAGGCAAAAAAGUGACCCUGAAGUGUUCGUACAAAGCCAGUGACGCGGACCCAGCAAGGUCAGACUUCAAUGCCUCCUUCUACAGACAGGGGGAGUUUGUGGGGUCCUCUCCUGGAGGUGAGAUGGUUCUGGAGGCUGUUUCUCCAGACGAUGAAGGCUUGUACCAGUGUGAGCAUGUGAUGAAACAUGUUAGGUCACCACAGAGCCGGCUGUCGGUGAUCAGGAGAGUUGUGCCGCAGCCCUCGGUCCCGCCCACCCCUGCUCUGCCCCUCACCACCCCUUCUCUCAGGCCAAAAGGCUUCCCCCUCCCCAGACUGCUGUGUUCUCUGGGACUCUUCCUGCUCUACACUCUCAUCAUGUGUGUCGCCGUGGCAACCUACUGCAAGUGGAGACGAGCUCGAGCCGAACAGAAGCAGGACUAUGUGAACGUGUCUCUGAGGACCAUCAGAGACUGCUGA